CAACCCGGCCACUAGAGGGCGUCUGAGACAUUUUAGCUUUUUUUUCCUCCAAUCUCUCUCUUGUUGUCCUAUAUCUACUUUGCACACUUUAAUGGUUUCUCGUUGAUUUUGUAGUUCGUUUAUCUCUAUUUCACAAGAAUUCCCUAAGUACGGAUCUGCGCCUGAAGUCAAACAGAAGAGUUUAAACUUUGUUUUUGAAGCUGUAGAGUGUGACCAGGAACAGGAAUUGACUAAUAAGUGAAUGAAUCUGGAUUGCUGUCACAAAGUCGAGGUGCAGCUUGUCUCCAUGGAUACGGCCAGAGCUUUUGUCCAAAAUCCAGCCAAAAUACUUUUCCCCUUGUGCUCUUGUUAAACGACUGAGCAAAUUUGUGUUUGUACAAUAGAGCUACAGAGUGUGGGAUAGCUAUUCACCAUGUGGACUCGCACCUGGCUCUGGCUUGGGGUGUGUGUGGUGCUACUGGACACAUGCCUGACACAUAGUUUGUUCACUUGUGAACCGGUGCAGGUGCAGUGGUGUCACAACAUGCCAUAUAACAUGACCUUCUUCCCUAACAUGCUUGAACACUAUGACCAGGACAUUGCUGCCAGCAAGAUGAAGCACUUCAUGCCACUGGUUAGUCUACACUGCUCGCCAAAUGUGCAUUUGUUCCUGUGCCAGGUCUUUGUUCCAGAGUGUACAGAGCAAACACAAGUGCGUCGGCCCUGUAGAGAGCACUGUGUGCGUGUCUUUUCUGACUGUGCACAAAAUAUGCACACCUUUGGCAUCACUUGGCCACUUGAGCUAUCAUGUGACAGGUUAAAGCCCUGUCACAUCUCUGCAGAUGAAUCUACCGAUCUACCUGCAAAAACAGCAUCAGCCAGUAAAGUACCAGCCAGUAGAGAUUUGGGCUUCUGGUGUCCCUUACAGCUGAAGACCCGUCCUGGUCAGGCUUCCUCCUUCCUGGGUGCUCAGGACUGUGCUCCUCCAUGUGACAAUAUGUACUUCAAAUCACAUGAGCUUGAGCUGGCCAAGAUGUUUAUCGGCAUCUGCUCAAUUGUUUGCUUGUGUGCCACACUAUUUACUUUCUUCACCUUCCUCAUUAAUGUCAAGCGUUUCCGGUACCCAGAGCGGCCAAUCGUCUUCUAUGCUAUAUGCUACAGCUUUGUGUCUCUCAUCUACUUUAUCGGAUUCCUGCUGGGUAAUGAGGCAGCAUGUAACAAGCCCACCAUGCCUGGCACUGUAUCCACAGUGCUGCUGGGGAGCCAGAGCAAAGUCUGUACACUGCUCUUUAUGAUGCUCUACUUUUUCUUCACUGCUGGAAUGGUCUGGUGGGUAAUUCUCACAAUCACCUGGUAUCUUGCAGCAAGGCCCAAAUGGAGCUGUGAGGCCAUUGAGAAGAAGGCUGUGUGGUUCCAUGCAGUGGCCUGGGGCCUCCCGGGCAGCCUUACUGUCAUUCUGCUGGCCCUCAAUAAGGUGGAGGGGGAUGGCAUCAGUGGUGUGUGUUUUGUUGGCCUAUAUGACCUGACAGCCCUGAGAUGGUUUGUGCUGGCUCCGCAGGCUCUCGGUGUGAUAGCUGGACUCUCACUCCUCCUCGCCGGCAUUGUUUCACUUAACCAUGUGCGACAAGUGAUACAGCAUGAUGAGCGCAACCAGGAGAAGCUGAAGAAGUUCAUGAUACGUAUAGGUGUGUUCAGCGGCCUGUACCUACUUCCUCUGCUCACUUUGCUGGCCUGCUAUGUGUACGAGCAGGCCCUGCGGAACAGCUGGGAAAACACCUGGAUUAAUGAACACUGUCAGGAGUAUAGCAUCCCCUGCCCCUACAGAAGGAUUGAAGCUGCUCGACCAGAACUAGCUCUGUUCCUGAUAAAAUACCUGAUGACACUUGUAGUGGGGAUCUCAGCUGUUUUCUGGGUUAGCAGUAAGAAGACCUGGUCAGAGUGGGUCUACUUUUUCAGCAGAACACGCAAGGAAGACCCUGUCAGUGAGAGUUGGCGUGUCUUGCAGGAGUCUUGUGAAUUCUUCUUGAAGCACAACAGCCGUGUACAGCAUAAGAAAAAGCACUGCAAGUCCAGCUCACACAAGCUGAAGGUCAUCUCAAAGUCCAUGGGCACCAAUACCAGUGCUCAAACAACCAACACCCCUAACCAUCACUUAGCUUUCACGACUAGCAACUUCAAGGGCACAGCUGCUUCAGGGUCUGACAUGCAGGGUUCAUCUAAAUCCUCUGUACAGGAGCAGGCGGCGUCUGGAAAGAUGUCUAGCCAGAGCAUCAAGGAGCAAAAGAGCAGCAAAUCUGGCAGUUCCAUAAGAGUUAUUGGCACUGGGGAGCCUCUGCAGAGCCUCUAAAUUAUUGAUGUGUUUUAACAGCAGGGGUGUCAAACACACAGCCUAAAAUAAAGUGAUUGUCUGAGCCUUUGUAAAACUGAAUUUCGUAUCAUUGUUACCUGGUUUAAACCAAUAAAAUUGACACACUAGAUUGUUUGCUAGAUAGACGUCAUUCCCUUUGGUUAAGCUUAUCCUAAAAUGACUUUUUUUUGCUAAUAUUAUAAAUUAUUUAUUACAUGACAAUGGAUUUAUAUAUUGUAUAAUAUAAUUGUUUUUGCAAUUUUAUGAAAGCCACACGAGGACAUGCCUUAAAUUUAUUUAUCAUGGAUAGGUUUUUACUCUGCUUCAUGCGGUUCCUAGGAACAUACAAUCACUGUUAUGAGAUUACUCUUAUGGAUUAUACUUAAUAAGCACAAGCUCUUAAAGAUGUUGAUGGACUAAGUGUAAUGUGGCCUAAUGAGUUUGACAUCCCUGCUUUAUAGCAUAAAUCCGGUCAAAAAACAAAAUCUGCUAUCUUUUGAUUUGUUUGUUUUAGACUUAAGAUAAGUUAUGUGAUGACAAAUUUACCAUGCAAGUCAGAUUUACUUCACAUUCAUUGACUUUGUAAGACAUUGUAGUCAUUACAGCAACUGUUAAUUGUUUGUUUUCAAUUUGAAAGCACUGUUAUUAGCUGACCAGUGCAUGGGUUCUGUGCACACAUUGCCCAGACCUAUUAGUUUUACAUCCAGGUUCCUUCAGUUUUUGUUUUAUUUUGUUUUGGGUUCUGUUUUUUUUUUUCUGAAUCAAUUCCUAAAUGAAAUUUACACUGGAUUGGAAGGGUAUUAACACUGUGGAGUUUAAAUAUUUCUGUCAGUCAUUUAGUCUACAGCUUAUAUUGUUUAUUUAUCUAAACAUCUAUUUUCGUCUUUUAACUAACCUUGAAAACGAUUACAUUUGUUAUAGUUGUGCAGUAUAAAUUGUAUUACUUAUAUAGUUUUUAAAGAUGAAAUCACAGAAUUGCACAAUGCUUUUCAACAAUGAUAUUUUUUGUUCAGCUCAAUACAGGCAUUGUGUUUAUUCUUGACAUUCAUUAGGAGCAUAAAUUGUAUGGUCAUUUCUAGUUAAAGUUAAAACACAGCAUGCAAUACACCCGGUACGGGAUGCAAGUCUAUUGCCCGGCAUCACACACACUAGCCAUUACAUUCACACCUAGAAUCGAUUUUAAAUUGCUAAUCCACCUCCUGGCGUUAUUUUGGCAGGUGGCGGGACACCAAGAUGUUAAAAAAUACAUAGACGUAAACAGCAACACUAUCUGAUGUACCUGCACAACAUAAUGCAACUUCUGUUUUCUUUUGUUGUCCAUGAAUUAUGAGACAAUUUUUUAAUUUCAAAAAGCUGGAUUUUACUGGAUUUCUCUUAUUUUUCUUAGUUCGUACCUUGUUUCUAGUAUCAUUAUAAUGUUACAGUAGUCAUUUCAGAAAUAACACUUUUUUUAUCAUAGCAAGUUUAUAAUUCUGUACUACCAUCUGUUUUUAAUCCUGUUCCUGAAUACACGUUAAAUGAUCUGACACUAUACAUUUACUAUAUUGUUUGAGCUAUUUUAAAGUAUUUGUUACUGAAAGAACCUACACAGAGUUUUAAUGCACCGGCGCAUUAAAUACAGGUCAUUACUAAAUGCUUAUUAAUAUCUAGCAAAUAUUUAGCAAAACUUCCUGAUACACAUCCUAAUAAAGCUACAUUCUUUUCAAGGAAUGUAUAUAUUUGAAAUGAUAAAUUUGCCAAAUGAGAUGUUUAUUUAUGUGGUAGAGGGGGAAAGGGUGUUUAAUGUAAGGUAGGACAUUUGCUGGUGCUCUGUGACUUUGUGGCAUAGUGUGAAAGAAGAAAUGGAUUUAUCUCGUUUUCAUAUUUUCUCUGAAUUUUUUGUUGAAUGUUGGUAUUUUUUUGUCUGAAUGUUGGUAUUUUGCAAAAUAUAUAUUUUUCAAUCAGUAUGUAUUCAAUUUACUUUUAUAUCUUGGACUUUGCAUAUGAUACGUGUUGCUAUAAACGUUCUAAACAAAAUGUUUUUUUAAUAAAAGAAACAAAGCCUUCAAUUUAAAA